AUGGAUUUGGUGGUAACGAAGAGAGAUUUGUUUACAAAUCUGCCGGAAGAGUUGACGAUAGACAUCUUGGGAAGGCUCUUGAGUAAAAGCAUUAUGAGGUGCAAGUCUGUUUGCCAAUCAUGGUUCGAUUUGAUAGAGGGGGGCAGGUUUAAGACCUCGUAUACUCCGAAGUCACGCCUCAGUUUCACUUCCGGACACAUGUACACGGUCUACGAUGACGAGGCCAAUGAGCCACUUUUCAAAAUCUGUCUGAAAUUUGGAACUAGUGUUUGCUUUCGUGAUGUAAUUGAUUCAGCGGGUGGUUUGCUUUUUGUGAGGGAUUUAUGCAAUAUUCUUUUUGUAACCAAUCCAAUGACUUGUGAAUAUGUCCAGCUUCCUCCACCCUCUACUACUAGCCGCCCAUGCUUAUUUGGAUUCGGAGUGAGCAAAAUAAGUCACCAGUAUAAGAUUUUAUGUGGCCAAAAAGAUUCCGAGUCAUGUCAUGUAUACACUAUGGGAGGAGGAGGGUCGUGGGGAAGCAUCUCAGCACCAUCAUCACCACUUAUACGGCCUACACCACUUUGUGAUAGUGCUGCAUUUUUAAACGGAAAUCUUCAUUGGCUGUUUCAAGGGGAACACUUGAUUUGUUGCUUUGAUCUUGAAACCGAGCUCUUUACUACUUUUUCCCCUCCUCCUCUUGUCCCUGGUUGCAAAAAAUAUCAUGAAUAUCGGCUAUGUGCUUUGGAGGGUCAACUGUGUUUAUGCGACUGCAAAGGUGGCUGUGAUGUUAUUUGGCAGAUGAAUAACUACGGUGAUGAUAAUUCCUGGGUACAAGAAUACACCUUUCACUUACUACCAAGUAUAGCACCUAGAUUUGUUGGACUUGUCUUCCCCCUAAAAUUGUUAGACAAUGGUGAUUUGUUGUUCACAGUGGAUCGUGAUCGCGAUCGCUUGUAUAUCUACUCUAAAAAUACUGAAAAUGUUGCGGUAUCCAAUCUUCUUCAACAAUUUGAAGGCUCUUAUCCCAACAUCAUUACUUAUACUCCAAGUUUUCUUUCGCUCGUGGCUAUGGGGAUUCAGAAUGUUCAAUCACUACAACUAAACCCACCUUUCGUGCCAUAUUACCUCCUCCCGGCAGCGCCGCAAGGUUAA